GGAUAGUCCGGACAAGCGGUUCGCGUCUUCGUCCUUUUUUCCCCUUCCCUUCCGGAGUUGGAGAUCGAGUCGGGGUCGGGGGCGGCGGAAGGCGAGCGAGGAACCCUAACCUAUUAAAGGACUACACCGCGCGGAUCCGCAAGGAGACGGUUGAUGGCGGCGCUUCGAUUCGCCGCGAGGAGGCUCGUCGGUGGCCGCACGCCGGCGGCUGUUGAAGAGGCGCAACGCCGGCUCUUGCCAAGGCUCUUCCACGAACCGACUAGAUCGACUUCCUCCACUGCUGCAAACACCAAUGUGCCCAAGGGUCUCGCCGGUGACGAGCAUGAAAGACGUUUGAAACUGUUAGCGGAGAUCCAUUACAGGGGCGAGGAGCUGUAUGAUAUGAUCUCGGAGGCAAACAACAUCUACAACAUUCCUGGCAGGUUAGGCAGGGAAAUGCGUCUGCUACGCCAGGAUCUUUCUAUCCAGAUCGAUCCUAGACCCAAUGACAGUAAAUGGCGGGCGUUACGGAAGAUAAAGAAUUUCGAACAUUAUGGUGGAUUUGCGGCGACGAUAUUCUCUGGCUAUGUGCUCUUCAGUAUGCUCACGGGUUCGAUUGUUCGGUUGAAUCCAGAAGAGAAGGAGUGGAUCCGGGAGAAAAGAAUCAAGCAACCAAGGGGAGUGAAGUCCAUAUCAUUUCUGAGGGAGAAACAAUGAUAGCUGAGACGGUCUAGCCAUGUCUGUUUAUGGGCGGUUCUCAUGGUCUUGUUGAAGUACCAAGUUAACUUACGUUAUGCUAUCAAUUCUGGUGUCUCCCUGUUUUAUGUUUGUGAAGAGUUUGAAUUAUGUACCCAUGUGUGCUCAUUCGGUCUCACUCUGAUCCUGAAUUGACGUAAACGGUCUUGUUUAUACACCCCAUUGACGGAGCACGUUGCUGUGCUGGUCAAUUACUCCAAUAGAAUGAUGAACAUGUAUGUAA